CAGGUUGACUCCUUGUCGGCUGCUAUCAGACAGCUUGAAAUGGAGAGAGACCAUCUAAGGCAAGCUUUGGAUGACCAGCAGGAAGAGUACAAACAUCUACUUAAAGAAACAGAUCAACUCAGAUAUAACUCAGGUGGAUCCAGCAGAGCGCAGAGUCCCGUCACGCAGGAAGCGUACGAGACCCUGGAGCUGGCCAUGGAGAAGCUCCAGGAGAAGUUUGUCUAUGAGAUGAGAGUAAGGGCGGAGCUCGACGAUAGGAUCCAGGAGCUGGAGCACGUCAAUCUCCAGCUGGCUGGAGAAACAGAGACGAUAGGAGAAUACAUCACCUUAUAUCACAAUCAGAGGGACAUUAUGAAGAGGAGGCAGGACGAUAGAGAACGGUUUGUCACUACAUUGGCAAGAGAGAAAGAAGAUAUGGAGGCUAAGCUGAACCAGCUCCAGAACCUCGUAGUCCAGCUACUACAGGAGAAGCAGCACCUGCACCCCUACGCCCAUCAGAGUGAGAUCAAGAAGGCUCUCAGUCCACCUCAAGAUCCAAGGAAUGCUUUCAAGAUUGAACACGCCGAAGAAGCAGACGAAAAGAUGGAGCAUUCCAAUCAGAAUGACAUGGACUGGCCCUCGUCAUCCACAGAGAGUGGAGAUGGCGAUGGGAGCUUUGAAGACGUAUCGCUCGCAGACGACCAUUACCAGACAGCAGCGUUACCUUCACCCGAACAGCUCCCUCGCAGCGAGCACACGGCACAGCAGAUCAUCCAGCUCCUACAGGAAAUGGGAUCCUCCGCAACGAGCAUCGACCGGAGCACCAUCCUAGACAGGGACUUCAUGCCAUGCAAGUAUUGUUCAGAUGUACUCCUUCACGUAUGAUGACGUGACGUGACGUGACGUGACGUAUGAUGAUGUGACUGAC